AUGCGCUCUUUCAUCCUCAUCGCUGCCUUCUUGGCACUUGCACUUGCUCAGGAAUCUUCUCAAGCGGUACCUUCGGCAACAGAGGUAUCUGUGGAGUAUCCUGGUACAUCUUACCUAACGGCAACCAACUCCCUGGGCGUUGUCACCGGUCAGCCCGUGGCCGCAACUUCUCAAGAAGCCGCGCAGACCUCACAGGAACCCGCUGCUUCGAUCCCCGCAGGCUUGAGCUCUGCCGUAGUGACGCCUUACAACCCAUCCACCACCUCUGGCGUUCCCUCCACCUUAUCCCUUGUGGCAUCCCCGUCCAGCGGGGCCGCGUCGUCCGCCUCUCUCGGAAGUUCUCACGCCGUUAGCCCCACAGCUUCCAGCUCAACCGCUUCUGGAACGACAUCCACGGGAACGACGACCUCCACCGAAUCAGCAUCUUCUGGGACGACCGCAGCUGCAACCACGUCUGGCUCAUCCGCAAGCUCCAGCGCUGACUCUUCUUCUGCCAGCACCUCAUCGUCAAAGGGAGCUGCUCCCAUCGCCACUGCAGGACCAAUUAUCGGUCUGGCUGGUGCUGCUGCUGCUGCUGUCGCUGUUCUUUUGUAA